AUGCCACUACUAUACACACCUUACCCCAAGGUUCUGAACUCCUUCUACGGGCCAGCUCCGCCGAAGCGACCAUUCUUGAUUUAUUAUGCCUCUAUCGAUCCCGCUACCGGACAGAUGUGGUGCCCGGAUUGCCGUGCCGUUGAGAGUACUGUAUCGGAUAUAUUUGAUGCUCCAGAUGGACCGACAGGAUUAAUUAUCUGGGUCGGCCAGCGCGCGGAGUGGAAAUAUCCGGAUAACCAGUACAGAAAAGAAGCAGGAAUAACCGGGGUUCCGACCAUUGUUAAGCUGAAAGAUGGUAAAGAGGUAGCUCGUCUGGUAGAGAACGACAUCCUCGAUAAAGACAAGCUUGCGUCAUUUUUUAAGAACGGCUGA